AUGGCGGAUACUUCUGGGACUUUGAAAAGUAUAGAACGACUGAAACGUGAGAAAAGAAAUGCUAAGACAAGGCUUACAAGAGAAAGGAACAAAUUAUACGAGCUCCUAUCAACAACAAAAGCAAGUAAGAACACAAUUAGACGAUAUAUUAGUAAAAUCAAAUCGGAAUUUCUUAUAAUAGAAAAAUUACUAAACAAAUUGAAAGAAAUGUUUAUAUUCGAGAGCAUACCAGAAUCGGAAACAGAGGUAGAACAGAUAGAAAGAGAAAUUGAUGAAAUAGGCAAUCAGGUGGAUGUCAUUAUAGAAGCUGCGGAAACACAUUUAAAAGAAAGAUUGGAAGGGGGCGAAUUGGAAUCAAUAGCUCCAUCAGGCUCAACCCAUUCUGAGUAUGAAAUACAACAAUCAGAGACAGAGGCAGCAAACAAAAGAGUCUUAACAUUACAAGCAGAGGAAAACCAAAAAGAAGAAGAGCUUCAAAGGAAAGCUGUAGAACUUGAACUUGCAAAACAAAGAACAGAUGAGGCACGUAAGAUUGUUUGUAUUAUUGAUGCUAGAUAUCAUAAUACCACCCCCAAAACAGCGCAUGACUCUGAUGAAACAUGUUCCCACAGUCAAUUACCACAACAGGUACCAGGUCCUAGUACCCCCCUGAAUGAGAUGGACCCUAAUCAGCUCCAACCACAACAAACCCUAGACCCUAGUGCCCCUCCACCUGAAACACACCUUAGUCACCUCCAACCACAACAGGUACCAGGUCCUAGUACCCCCCUGAAUGAGAUGGACCCUAAUCAGUUUACACCGCAACAAACCCUAGACCCUAGUGCCCCUCCACCUGAAACACACCUUAGUCACCUCCAACCACAACAAACCCUAUACCCUAGUACCUCUCCACCUGCGACACACCCUGGUCACCUCCAACCACAACAAACCCUAGACCCUAGUACCUCUCCACCUGCGACACACCCUGGUCACCUCCAACCACAACAAAUCCUAGACCCAAGUGCCACAGCAUUUACUUCAUCCCAGUCCCUGCAACGACCCAUCCCAGAUCCUGACCUAAGUGAUGGUUUUUCCUCUCAAGGUCAUCCUCCUCAGUUUCCAUGGCAACAAACCUCCAAACCUGUUCUGAAUAGAUAUAACCCUAACACAUACCAGCUACAUACCCAGUUACCACCACCUGUUCUUGACAGCAUGAGUAGAUAUAUUCCGAGACAACAACCACGUAUCCCUUAUACCUGGCAACCAUCACCAGCAGCACCAAGUUCAAAAACCCCAACUUCACACAGGGUGGGGCCCAUUAAAUUAAAAGGUGUGGACUUGCCAACAUUUGAUGGGGAAGACAAAGUAGAAUACGAACAGUGGAAAGCUGCGUUCACGUCUGCUGUUGACUAUGCAGACAUACCAGUUAACGAGAAAAUGUUGAGACUGCAAAACAGUUUGAAAGGCAAAGCACUUAAAUUGGUUAAAGAUCUAGGAUUUUCCUCUAAUGCUUAUGAGAGAGCUAAACAAAAAUUAGAAAAGAAAUAUGGAGGUCAGAGGCGACUUCAAAUUAAGACAUUGACCGCAUUGAAGAAUUGGAAAAAGGUACAAUCCAAAAAUUUAAGUGACUUGGAAGAAUUUUUGACUGUGUUGGACAGGACUUUGAUAACUUUGAAGGACACCUGUGAGAAACAAGAGAUGUCAAUAGUGGUGCUAGAACAGAUUCAAGAAAUGGCGACAAAAGAAUCUACUGCUACACAGUACAAUGUCCCACAAUUCCCCUGGACCAUGUUGUGA